UUUUCUAAUUUUUGAGGUCUUGACUUUGCAACCUUAAUAACGUUUUCAAUGUACUUUGUGUGUGUAAUUUAACAUAUAUAUUGCAGUGGCUCCUAAAGGCCACAACCAGGUUGGUCCCCACUGCCGUUGGCACUGUGCAAACACAUAAGUGACAGUUCCGGCCACAAAGAGCUUUCAGGCCAAAAGACAAUGUAGAUCUUCUCAAUAAAAAGGCUGGUGUGCAGAGGACCAUCAAGGGAAGGUUCUAUAACACAAAUGAAGCUAAAAGGUCUAAGCAGUUUAAAAAUUUUACCUUGAGUGUAAGUGCAUGUGAAAGUCUCUUUUGUGUGAUCUAUGUAUCCAAGGAAAGGAAACAAAACCAAGACACACACACAAACGAGCACUGUAGAUAUAGAUACAAGCCUAUUUGUUCUAUCAAGCAGAACUAUAUAUCUACCAGAGCAAAUGAACACCCCCAUUAUAUCACCAUUACAUAAAUACACACUUGUAUACACAGGCACUGCACUCACAUGGACCUCGUUGCAUCAAGCACUACACUCUUUCAGUACAGCCACACACACAGAGUUUUGUGCCAGCGUGAGACACAGACAGGCACAUUUGUAUAUACACACACACAGAUCUGCACUGCUGGCCAGGUUAGAAUUCUCUCUCUGAAGCCAGGCUGCCUUUGCAAGCUCUGAUGUCACAAAGGUGUCAACUGGCAACCAACGUGACUCGUAGAUGUUCCCAUUUGCAAGCAGCUCUUCUUUACUUUCAAGCACAAAGAGGGUGAGCUCUCUCUCUAAGCAGCCAAGUAGGCAAACCAGGGAGCUGCAUGAGUGAGGGAUACAGAGAGCUUCCAAACAGCCUCACAGCUCAACUCCUCUUCGGUCUUACUGGAAUGAGAAAACUGCUUGCACAGGGCCGGUUCUUUGUAGCUCUGCAGGGCCUCUGCCCCAGCAUUCUCUGAAGGGCUGAAGCAGUGUGGAGGAGCUACAGUAGAUAAGGAGCCGUAUCAUGUCCCCUCCUAAUGGCCACAAAUCCCUGUGGCUGGUGCUUCUUUUUGGAAUGGGAGUGAAGGCAAAGAGCCUGAACUGUCCAGAAAAGUGUACCUGUGAAUACCUGGAAGUGAACUGCACAGGGCAGCAGCUGCAAGAUUUCCCCACGACCAUUCCACUGGACACAAGGCAGCUGAUUCUGGCUACUAACAACAUCUCCUACCUGCCAUCGGUGGAGCUGAACUUCCUAAGUGACUUGGUCUAUCUGGACUGCAGGGAGAAUGCCAUUAGUGAAGAUCUGGAUUUUGCCUUUAUCAGUCUCAACAAGCUCAUCUACCUAGACCUCAGCUUCAACAACCUCACCCGGGUCACCUUCACCACUUUCUCUCAGCUCAGUAGCCUGGUGGUGUUGAAGAUCUCGAACAACCCAAAUCUGGUGGAGAUUGAGAAGGAUUCCUUUGCCAACAACACCUGGCUGAGGCACCUGGAUGUGAGCCGGACUGGCUUGACGUUCCUGGAUACUAGCAUUGUCAAGGAUCUGCCCAAUCUGAAGUCCCUGGGUCUAAGUGAAAACCUCUGGAACUGUAACUGCUCCUUCUUGGACUUCACCCUCUGGAUGAAAGAGAGUGGCGUUCGCUUCCCAGAUCCUGAGAACAUCACCUGCUACAGCCCCGCAGCUCUAUAUGGCUGGUCAAUGCCUGAGGUGGGGUCGAAGCUCCACUACACAUGUCUUCUCCAUUUAUACGAUACGGACUAUGCCUUCCUGGGUCUGAUUGGCUUCUGUAUAUUCUCUGCCGGCACUAUGGCAGCCUGGUUGGCUGGGAUGUGUGUAGUGCUAUACGAAUUCCACGCAACAAAGGGGGGGAAUGAUGACGACGAAGAUGAAGAUGAAGAAGCAACUAUCUAGAACUAGCCUCUGAAGUCCUGGUGAAUAACUAUGCUGGGAUGCCACAGAGACUGAUACUAGACGUCCCUUUCUCUUGGUCCCCCUGGGCUUUCCCUCUAUCUCCCUUUCCAGAUGAGAUUCUUGUGACCCAAAAUAUAACUGCAGGAAUCCUUUUGCUGUAGUUUAACCCUCUUUUGGGGAAUUUCUUCCUUCCUCCUUCUUUUCUCCAAAAUUUCUUUCUCCGCCUGGGCUUGGGCCAUUGACAAACUAAUUGAUGCUUGCCAAAAGUAUGGUAAGUGCUCAUCUAUCAACCAG